AUGUACAUGGACACCUUUAGGCCAAUGCAGUCGUUGCUGGUGAAGGUCCAGGUAGACUGAGGAGAGCAGCACAAGAUAGCCUACAAGUGGCCUUUGGCAGAGCUGAAGCUGGUAGAAGCCAAGACUCUCAAUCAGGCAAGCCUGGAUUUCGAUCUGCAGUUCGAUAAGUUUUACCAGUGGACCGCUAGCAGCUUUGACGAGAAGAAAACCUUUAUCAGAUACUUGUGGAAGCUGAACCCCCAACUCCGCUCUAUCACAUUUGUGAACGUCCCCUCCUGUGCAGCGGAAGGGAGACAAAGGCCCCAGGAAGACAGGAAGGACGCUGUGGAGACUGAUCAGGAGGAGCCCAGUACCUACCAGGAGAUGACACCAAAGGAAGCCGCCGAUGUGUUGAAGCUGAUGGAGGAGUACAAGCCCCUCAUGAACAACUCCGUGGCCUUUGCAGGGCAGCUAAGCAGGGAUCUCCAUGUGCUGGAUGAGGCCAACCUUAGAGCCAUUAUCUCUUCUGAGAAGCAGGUGACACAGCUGAUAAACUCCAUUGAUGAGGCCCUGGCAGAGGUGGACAGAGUGGAGGAGUCCUUGCAGAUCUACAGUGAGUUACUGGGAAGCAUGAAGCAGCAGAUGGAUCACAUCCACCGGGAGAACUCCUUGCUACAUCGCAUCAUUUCCAACAAGACAAGGCUGAUGGAUGAGAUCCUCUUCCUCACGAGCCGCCUCGACCUCAGCGGGGAACACUGUGAUGCCUUGAGCUCGGCAGAUCUUUCCAGCCCCAGGGGAGUGGAAGCCUGCAUUGCUGCAGCAGAGGCUUUGUCUGGCUGCAUGAACAUCCAGAUACAGCCCGGUUACCGGAAACUUCAGGCUGUUGCUGAACAGCUGAUCAUGUUUGAAACACUCAAGCAGAACUUCGAAAACUCUUUCAUCCGUCACAUUAAGAGCAUCUUCAAGCUGCAGGGUAAUGCUGUCCCUGCUUUUGGUCAGCCCGCUGACGAGCUAUCAGCACCGAGCCAUGGACUCCACCAUGAGGAACUGGUGCCCUAUGCCCCGCUCAUGGCCUGGCUGAGGAAGGCCAACCCCGUUACGUUCUGUGAUCUUCUCAAGGUCUAUGCCCAGAACCUCAGCAGGCUCUAUGACUGGGAAAUCAAAGCCUUGUUCAAACAAGCCAAAACCUUGUUGUUAGGAAGAAGAAAAGGAAGUCUUCAGGAAAGCAUGGAGAAGCUGACGGCGAUGUGGAGGAGGGAGCCGUCUUGGCGGAGCGUCCCUGGGAGCGGAAGAGGCCGGGAGGACACGUCGAGCAAAGGCAACGUCAGCAAGAUUUUGGAGCAGGUGCUGAGAGAGCUGAAACCCCUUUGCACCGCAGAGCAGCAGUUCCUUGAGAAAUUCUUCCACCUAAGCCGCGACGUUGCAGACCUGCAGGUAAGUGCAUCUGCUGCUAAGGGAGGAGGGAGCAUGGCAUCUCCAGAGGACCCUCCUUGCACCAAGCCUUGGAACCAACUAGAAGAACCUACAACCUGGCUGCUGAGCAUGAUCUUCAGUCGCUUGGAGCCAGAGCUGAGAGGAUUUCUAGAUGUCUGCAAUAAGAUCCACCCAUUCAGCUGCUUGCAGGUCCUGGUUACCUUGAAUGACUCCAUCUUUGAGAUGUGGGGCUGUUCCUCAGCUCUCCCCUCUUCCUUCCUCAACACUGUCCUGGGCAACAUGCUGCCCCUGGCCAAGAGCACCUUCAACAAAUGCAUUGAGACCUUGUGCAAAGAGAUUGAGAAGGCAAAGAUGCCCAGCAAGAUGAAAGGUGGGAUCCUGCCCUCCGUAAGCUGCUUUGAGGAGUUUGUGACCUUCUCGGACGUGUUCAGGACAGCUCGGUGCAGCGGGGAGCUGGACAAAGCACAUCUCAGGCUGGCCAGCAGCGUCUUCAGCAGCAUCAAUAGUCUGUCCUCAGCAAACCUGAAGGUGAACACAGAUAUGGUCAUGAUGGAAAAUUUCCACCACAUUCACUGUUUCCUGUCCCAAAAGAAGAUCUACUGCCUGGAGGGCAAGAAGAGAGAAGCCAAGCAAAGGUUUAGUGAGCACAUGGAGAAAUAUGUCAUCACGUACCUGGGCCAGCCACUGGAGAAGCUCAGUCACUUCUUUGAAGGGGUGAAAGCCCGUGUGGCUCAAGGGGUGAAAGAAGAAGAGAUCACCUUUCAGCUGGCCUACAGCAAGCAAGAGCUGAGGAAGGUCAUUGAAAAAUACCCUGGCAAGGAAGUAAAACAAGCCCUUGAGACCCUCUACAGGAAAAUCCACAAGUCUCUCUCCUCAGAGGAAAAUCUUUUGCCGGUGGUGUGGCACACCAUGGAGCAGGAGUUCAUACGUCAAUACCAAGAGUUUGAGGAUCUGAUCCAACGCUGUUAUGCAGGGUCAGGGAUUGCCAUGGACUUCACCAUGGAGGACUUGCUGAGCUACUUCAACUCCAUCACUCUGUCUGACGUGUAG